AUGCCUUGGUGUGUUAUAAUUGGCUGUAGUAACAAUUUAAAAUCUACGAAACAACAUGAAAAAGAUGUGUCAUAUCAUAUUUUUCCAAAAAAUCUGCAACGACGUAAUGCCUGGAUGAAAAGUAUUAAACUACCAUUUAAAUUUAAUGCAGAUACAUCAUAUGUCUGUUCUAAACAUUUUGUUCCUGAUGAUUUUGAAUGUAACAAUUUAAAAGAACAAUUACUUAACAUUAAAGUGAAGAAACAACUUAAAAGAACUGCUAUUCCAUCUAUUAAUAUCUCUAAUACCUUAGAAGAAGAAAGAUUCACAAAUGGAGCCAAUAAACCAGAUACAAGUUUGAAUUGUAUUAAUCGAUCAGAUGAGCAAAAAUGUUGUGCUGUCCCCAUUUGCAACAACAGCAUUGUGUAUUGUGGAUCAGAUAAGACAAAUAGGAACGGUAAAAUUGUGUUCCACAAAUUUCCAAAUGAUCCUGUAAUGUUAGAGAAAUGGUUGAAUUUCUGUAGUAUUUAUAAAUCAAUUUCACAUGAAUAUAAAAAUGCUCAAAUAUGUUCAGAACAUUUCAACAAAGACAAUUAUGAAAACAAAUACACUGAUGAGUCAUUGCAUCCAAUAAAAGUAUUGAAAAAAGAUGCAGUACCAACAUUAAACGGUGGAAUUAAAAUUAAAGAUGCUAAAAGUAUUGAAGACGAAUUAUCGAAGAGAGAACGUAAAAAACUUGUGGAUAAAUUGUUAGCAGAUUAUGAGGAGCAACAAAAAAAUGAAAAGAGUCAUCUGAAUGGCAUGGUAACCAAGUACCCAGGUUUUUUUUCUCCAAAAAUUAAUCCAAAUGCUAAACUUGGUGAUAAAUUGAAAUUAUUAAAGUCAAUGGAUAAUCCAAUAACCUAUCCUACUUCUAAAAAAAGGAAAUUAUCUACAACACCAAAGUUAAAUACAGAACAUUUAGAAUCACCAUUUAUUAACAAUUUAACGCAAAAAAUGAAUGAAAUGGUUCAAGUAACAGUUGUUAGAGGCGGACUUAUGUUACAUGCACUACCGCAAACCGCUAAUAAUGUACUGAGUCAUACUUUGGAAGAAACUGUUCCUGAUUAUGAAGAAGAAGUCAUCAUUGUAACAGAAGAUGAAGCUAGCCUUAGAGAUCUGGAUUCAUAUGAAGAAGAAGAUAAGAGAAAUGACACCGAAGUGAUUAUAGUCACUGACUCGAAAGAAACUGAAGACACCCUUAAGCAUGUAAAAAAAGUACCUAAAAAGUGUUCAACUAAUAACAUUUAUGAUGAUAUAAAUAAGUCUCAUGUACAAAAAUUAUUGAAAAACAAUGAAAGUAUAUGUACACCUAAAGUUCCAUUAAGUGUAGAUAAAGGAUGCCAAGUAAUAAUCCCAUGCGGUGGUUGUGAAAAUAGAAGUCUUAAGAUCAAUAAACUUUUAAGAGAGAGAACAAGAUUAUUGAAAGAUCUUAAUCAAAAUGGUGCAUGGAAGGAUCCAGAUGAAAUAAAUAACUUAAGGAGGAUGAAUGGUGUAUUGUCCUUAUUAUUGUUGCAUUGUGUUGGCGAAAAAAUGGUAAAAAAUCUCCGUCUAUACGAGUGGAUUUAG